UCUCUCUCUCUCUCUGAUAGGGGAGUGAGAGCUGUAGGAGCAGAUGCUCUCCCACUACUCUCUCCAGCAUCAGCUCCUCCUCCGUGUUGUAGAGGUUCUUCUCUCUGUUGCUGUAUUACUGUUAUUUUUUUUGGUCUGUAUCUGGAUCGUGUUUUCUGAAGACUGGAUUAGUUCUCUGUUGUUUUAAUGUAAUCUGAGGAGAAUUUAAAGCAGUCGGAACUGUCAGAGUCCCGCCCGGCGAGCGCGCAACUUUUCAGCACCGCGGCGGAAAAGAACAGCGACCACCGCGGAGCAUGGAGCCGUCCGCGGUCCCCGGUCUGCCCGCAGACCUGCCCGACCUGUACUCCGUCAUCCCGUUCAAUGUCACGUUUCCCGACGACGUGAUGGGCUUCGUCCCCGACGGCCGCAACUACACCGAGCCCGGUCCCGCAAAGAGCCCCGCCGGGAUCAUUAUCGCCAUCUCCAUCACCGCGCUCUACUCCGUCAUCUGCGUGGUGGGACUUCUGGGCAACAUCCUGGUGAUGUACGGAGUGGUCAGAUAUACCAAGAUGAAAACUGCCACAAACAUCUACAUCUUCAACCUGGCUCUGGCUGAUGCCUUGGCGACCAGUACUCUUCCCUUCCAGAGUGCUAAAUACCUGAUGAACACCUGGCCGUUUGGAGAGCCCCUGUGCAAGCUGGUCAUAGCCAUCGACUACUACAACAUGUUCACCAGCAUCUUCACUCUGACUAUGAUGAGCGUGGACCGCUACAUCGCCGUGUGCCACCCCGUCAGGGCACUGGAGUUCCGAACGCCUGCCAAGGCCAAGAUCAUCAACGUGUGCAUUUGGAUCCUCUCAUCUGCCAUCGGAGUGCCCAUAAUGAUCAUGGCGGUCACCAGGGUGACGGAGCAAGGAAAAACCGUUUGCACACUGAAGUUUCCCGAUCCCGACUGGUACUGGGACACGGUGACCAAGAUCUGUGUGUUCAUCUUCGCCUUUGUGGUGCCCGUCCUCGUCAUCACCAUCUGCUACGGGCUGAUGAUCCUUCGCCUACGCAGCGUCCGACUCCUCUCCGGCUCCAAGGAGAAGGACAGGAACAUGCGCCGCAUCACUCGCAUGGUGCUGGUGGUGGUGGCGGCCUUCAUCGUCUGCUGGACGCCCAUUCACAUCUUCAUCAUCAUCAAAACCCUGGUGGAGGUGGACCAGAGGAACCCCUUCGUCAUCGCCAGCUGGCACUUGUGCAUCGCCCUCGGCUACACCAACAGCAGCCUCAACCCCGUCCUGUACGCCUUCCUUGACGAGAACUUCAAGAGAUGUUUCAGGGAGUUCUGCCUGCCCUUCCGCACCAGGACGGACCAGAACAGCCUCUCCAGAGCCAGGAACGCCACCCGGGAACCAGUGUCAGUCUGCGCUCCAUCCGACACGGGGAAGAAGCCGGUAUGACUAGGCCUGGAGCGGAUCCCACGUGGGUCCCGCUCGAGGAGGGUCCAGCAGGAGCUGCAGUCUGAGGUCACCCAGAUCUCCACCACUGAAUUCUAGAGUCCAGUCCAUUGACAUCAAGUCAAUGUCUUGGUCUUGGUCUAUAUCUAAACCACACUUGUACAUUUUUACAACAGGCAUGAAUUGAAAUUGAAAGACUGAGCUGUUGAAGACUGUGUUCAUGCAGGAAACACCAGACGGCCAGAUGUUUGGAUUUGAAUGGAUUUGAUGUCCUUUUCUUGCAUCAGCCAAUAGACAAGAACAAGGACUUUACGACUGAACCAAUUCGCCAUAUUGCUAUACGAUGGAAAUGCUAAAUGCGACCUCCAUUACGUCAGUCGUCAGCAGAUGGCUUUUUUCUUUUAAUCACAGGCAGAUCAAAACCAGCACAAGCCACAGAUGAAUAACGAUGACGAUCAUUAGGGAAAUUCCUGCUGUGCUAUAUUUUUGAGCUUUUUAUGUAUGGCAAUGGCUAUUAAAAAAAACAUCAAACUGGGUCAAAUCCCCAUCAGUACAAACUGUCUAGAACUCAAGGUCUGCUGCUUCUACAGUGGAAGAAAAUCCAGUAUUCAUCUUCUCAACAGUCUCAAAAGUCUCGAAAAACGACGUACCGGCAGUCUCAAAGGAAAUCGUCAAAGAUGACUGAUUCUUUUUUAGGGCCUACAAAACCAUAAAGACAACAUGGUUGACAGGUUGUUAUUUGAAGCCCGUCUCUUGAAGCAGCCGUCUCUAAUAUGAACAGAGAAGAUAUAAUGUGCUGUGACAAGAGCUUGAUAGCUCCAGGCCAACUAAUAUCUGACAUGCUGUCGGAAAGCUUCUUGCGCUGACACAAAACGUUGUCAUUGACGUGUUGGAUUACCAGUCAUUACAAGUAAAUACAGCCUGAUCAUAUUAAGCUGUGCAUCAACUCAGUGUCACAACAGUACUACGCCAUGCCAACGUUGACUGCCUUCAUCCUCCAUCUGUGUAAAUAUAUCACAUUUUCGUAGACAUAGACCAUAUUCUGUUGGUUAUUUUGGUUUUCUUUAAAUCAGGACUUUGUAAAAGCUUUGUGGUCUAUGAAAAAAAAUAUGUAGACUGUAACUGGACAUUUAAAACGAGGAAGAGAACAUGAAUGAACAAUGGCCGCCAAAUGGAAGAUGUGAACCUGAUGGAAUAUCUCAAUGGAACCAUUCUAAUUCCAUUUAGUCAUGAUUUGGACAUUUUGCACAAGAUGUAAAAUGACUGAAGUUAAAAAGUUGACAGAAAAUGGAUAAAGACACCAGUUUUCCAUUGGUUGAACAUCAAUAAGAAAAUCCACAUUCAUGUUCAUGGAAAUCCCAACUUGCCAAAUCUUCACUGCUUUGUUUUUCACAUGACAUUCACAUGACCUGACGUCUGUAGACGUUUGCAGCUGGCACAAGUGGAUUACAGUGAUCCACUGGAUGAACCAGAUCCCCACUGAAGUGUAAAUAAUAUUAUGUUUCUGAAAAAAAAAAAAAAAAAAAAACGCUUGAAAGCAUUGCAUAGCGUUCAAGCGAGUUCAAAUUUUCACGUUUUUUUUUUUUUUAAUUCAGAGCAGUAGGUACCAAAUCUCUCUCCAUGCCUCUCUACCGAAGUGAAUGUAAAGUGCCUAGCAAAAAAACAAACAAACAAAUAAACAAAAAAAAUAAACAAACAAAAACUAAAAACAUUUAGUCAAAAAUGUGUAGUAUAUUUUGUUAGUCGUUUAAAAGAGCUUAGCUUGCUUAUUUGCUUGUGUGAGAGUUAAUAAUUAAAGAUGAGCAAACUGGUCUUAUUUAAAUAGUUUCUGCAUUCCUAGAAUAGUUAAUAUAUGUAUAAGGGUUCUCUUAAAAUGUCUCUUAAAAAAUAGAAAAAAAUAAUAAAAUUAAAAAUAAUAACCAAAAAUAAAGCCAUGGGUGACCAUAGUGACCAUAAUCACUGUCUUAAAAUUUUUGGUUUAACUGGUAUUCUUUGAUUUUUUUUUUUCAUUUCCUGGAAGUGCAAAAUGUGUAGGUGUCACUGGUUCAAAUGAUGGAUCAAUUCCUUUCUGUUCUAUAGAAAUAAAGCCAAUUAAUUCUG